GUGGUUCUUGGCAAGUAACGCAGACGCAUGCAUUGCUUCAAUAAUGGCGGACGGUGGAUGCAAUUCUUCGUUGCGUCUACCCUGCGUUUUCUCGCCAAAAUCACGCCAAUACCUAGCUUCAUUUGCCCAAGAUGGCAGACUCCGUAUAUGGAACACAGAUAGUAAAAUACUUCAUCAAGAAUACGUGCCUUCAGCCCACUUGAGUGCCACUUGUACCUGCAUAGUUUGGGGACCAUGCCGAAUCGCCAAGGAGGGACCUCGGCGGAAGAAGAGGAAAUCAGAGGCAGGGCAUGUGGAGGAUUUGGCGGAUCUGUUGGCUCUGGGAACGGUGGCGGGCAGCAUUAUAAUUUACAGCGCAGUGAAGGGGGCACUGCACUGCACACUGGAUGGAGGUCACAAUGGGGGAGUGAACUGUGUUGAGUGGCACCCCGAGGACGGCCUGCUCUACAGCGGCUCAGACGACUCCUACAUCGUAGAGUGGGACCUGCAGACAAGCAAGACCCGCUGUAAGUGGAAGGCGGACCGUGCGUCAGUGACCAGUCUGUGUGUGAGUCCUGAUGGUAAACUGCUGCUCUCAGCGGGACAGACCAUCAAGAUGUGGGACCUCAAGACCAAGGAGGUGUACCGGAAGUUCACAGGUCACUCCACAGCCGUGACGAACCUGCGCUUCGCCACCACGCGUCCCCCGGACAGCAAUGGCCUCUACUUCCUGUCCGGGGCGGCCCACGACAGACUCAUCAGCGUGUGGCAAGUCCAGAAGGACAGCAAUGACAAGAACUCGGUGGUGUCCUUCACCCUGACGGACGACCCCCAGCACAUUGACCUCUUCACUUCCAACAGCAAGGAAGAGGCGGUGAGGCUGGCGGUUGUGUGUAAGGAUGGGCAGCUUCAUCUCUUUGAGCACUUUCUGAACGGGCCUUGUAGGAAGCCGCUGUCCCCCUCCUGUACAGUCCAGAUGUCUGGGCUUGAGGACAUCCCCGUGCCCGUUCCUCUGUUGGCCGCGGCCCUCACUGCGGACACACGCAGCCUCCUGCUUGCCUAUGGCAGCUACCUGCAGCCCGUCAUGGAGAGAUUGGAUGUGAACACAGCAGAGAGACACGUCUGCCUAACCCGCAAUGUCCACAACACCCUCACCAUCGCCAUGGAAACUACUGUUUCCAAGGUGAAAACCCCAGUAGUUAACGUCAAGAGCAAAGUUAUUGUCCCUGGUCUUCCCGGUCACCAAGCGCCGGUCAAAGCAGCUUUGGGAUCCGAGAAGAGGAAAAAGUGCACAGACACCAAAGAGAUGUCCAUAGAGGAGCGACUGGGAGAGAUCAACUUGUCACUUGAGAAGGGCGGAGUCAAGGAAACCCCCUCUCUGCAGACGGACAACUUCGCGGUGCUACUGGUGCAGGGUCUGGAGAGCAAGGACGCCAACAUCCUCAAUAAUGUAUUUCAGACCCGGAAGGAUAACUUAAUAAAGAAAACCGUUUCCCGGUUACCCAUCCCUGCCGUCUUGCCAUUGGUGGAAGAGCUCACCAAGAGAAUGCAAGGGCAUCCAUACACGGCAGUGCUGAUGGUACGAUGGCUCAAGGCUGUUCUCAUGCAGCACACCUCCUACCUGUCCUCGUUGCCAGAUCUGGUGUCUCAGCUGGGAGUGUUGUACCACAUGAUUGAGAGCAGAGUCAAAAUGUUCCACAAACUGACCAAGCUGCACGGCAAGCUCUAUCUGCUCAUGACACAGGUGGUGACAGGUGACAGUGGUGUCACAGACGUGGACCAUAAGGCCAAGCUUGUCUACGAGGACGCGUCCUCUGAUGAAGACAAGGCUUCAGGCGAUGAAGGUCUUCCAGACGAAGAUUCUGAUAACUGGGAGGAGGAUGAGGCUAUGGAAGACGAGCAUAGAGAAGACGAGACGGAGGAAGGCAUGAGGACGGAAUCCAAAGCUAAUGGCGAUUCCGACAUGGAACCGGGAAACGAGAGCGAGGAAGAGUGAUGCUCUUCAAAGGAAACAAUCUCAAAAUGAA